CAUCAUCAUUCAUCCAUCAUCUUCUCUUCUUCAUCUUUUUAGGUGAAAAAGUCAGCAAGGAAAUUCCAGCGAAAAGGUCUCUCUUCUCUCUGUGAUCGAAUGCUUCUUCUCCAUCGCCAUCUCUUCGAUCCUUCCGAUCAGCAAGUCCGUUGAUGCCAAUACGCCACGCAUUCCGAGAUCGGUAGAGAGGGAAUGGAGGUGGAGUGGUGGCUGGGAUUGGCGGAGCUGGUCAAUAAGCCGGCUGUGGUGGAAGCAUUCGUCGACAUUUUGGUCUGCAUCGUCCCGAUUUGGGUGGCCGUGAUGAUCGGCCUCUUGAUUGGCUGGUCCUGGCGCCCUCGCUGGACCGGAAUCCUUGCUAUCGGUCUUAGGUCCAAGCUGAACAGGAUCCUCUGGACGAUUCCUCCCGGCUUCGGUGCCCGCCGCCUCUGGUUGGCCUUCACGGCUCUCUCUGCCUUCUCCGUCGGGAGCAGGCUGUGGGGUAAUUUCCGUGGCAGGUCGCGCAAACCGACUUCUGUGGCGGAUGAUGUUUCUUCUCCCGCGGAUCGAGAGGUUUCUGCUUGGACUACCACGGCAAGGAGGAGCGCCGAUGAUAUCAUCCAGUCCUUAACUGGAAAUGCAGACCACGAAAAAGGGGAUGUAACCGAAAAUGAUCUGGAACACUUUCUGCAACUUCUGGAUGGCAAAGAUGGGGAGAUAGGAUGGCAAUGCAUGAUGGAACGCUCUACUUCAAAUCUGACAUACCAAGCUUGGCGCCAUGAGUCUGAGGCUGACCCACCUGGGUUGCUUCUCCGGAGCAGAACUGUAUUUGAGGAUGCCACUCCAGAGCUUGUCAAAGAUUUUUUCUGGGAUGAUGAGUUUAGGCUUAAAUGGGAUCCUAUGCUUGCAUACUUCAAGAUAUUGCAUGAAUGUCCUCAGAACGGGUUCAUGAUAGUUCACUGGAUUAAAAAGUUUCCAUUUUUCUGCAGUGAUCGUGAAUAUAUUAUUGGCAAAAGAAUAUGGGAAUCUGGAGGAGCUUAUUAUUGUGUAACAAAGUGUGUUCCAUAUCCGGCUGUGCCAAAGCGUGACAAACCUAGGCGUGUGGAUGUGUACUUUUCAAGUUGGGUUAUCAGGCCUGUGGAAUCACAAACAGGGGACGGACAAUCAUCCCCUUGUGAAGUCACACUCACCCAUUACGAAGACAUGGGGAUUCCCAAGGACGUUGCGAGGCUAGGCGUCCGCCACGGCAUGUGGGGGACCGUGAAGAAACUCCAUGCCGGCUUCAGAUCAUACCAAAACAUGAGGAAAUCCGACGACGGCCCGGUGUCUAGGUGCGCCAAACUGGCACAGGUCACCAUGAGAAUGUCAAGGGAGUUGCACUGCAGUCAGCGGGCGCAAGCCAUGCCGCCGCCGUCCAGCAGGGAGGAGCAAAACGGAGUAGGCGGUGAGGUUUCAUCGUGCGUGGUGGCAGGGGCCGCCAGAAAUGGCAGCGGAGUUGACUGGAAAUGGGUGGUCAUAGGGGGAACCGUCGCUCUCGUCGGCCUUCGCAUGGGAUUGUUUGGCAAAGUUUUGUUUCUUGGGGCAGGACAAAGACUUGGUCGGAGGCGGGCAAAUUUUCCUCGCUAAGGAGUAUUAAUCGUAUUAUGGCUUCAUUUGGGAAUAUCGUUUGCAACUACUACUAACGCUAAAAGAGCAGCUACUAUCGGAUAGCAUUUUCAAAAACGCUAAAACUAAUGCCAAACAGAGCCUGUAUAUACUCCGGGUAUCUCUUCUGCACCUUCAAUUAUUGCGAUUUAUUGUACGUGCGGCUUAUUAUGAUGAACAUAAAAUAUGAUUUAAAUUAUAGAUUCAGUUUACUAUGGAGAGUUAUAUCAUAGUAUGGCGUAAAGUGUUUCUUUGGUGCACCUUAGGUGCAUACAAUUUUUGUGGACCUUCUCACAGAAGAAAUCUAAUUUUUUUUA